AUGCACCUGGUCUCCAUCAGCACGGAGGCCGGGCUUGAGCCGUACGCACCUGGGUCCACGCAGUACGCGUGGCUCGAGGACGACCUCAAGAGGGCCAGCGCGAACCGCGCGCGGGUGCCGUGGAUCGUCGUCCUCGGCCACCGCCCGCUGUACUGCUCCUCCAACGAUUACUACGACUGCAACAUGUGGGGGCCCAGGGCCAGGAGCGUGUUCGAGCCGCUCUUCCAGCGGUACGGCGUCGACCUGUACCUGGCUGGCCACGUCCACAGCUACGAGAGGACAUUCCCCGUCGUGAACGGGACGAAGCUCACAGACAGCUACGACUCGCCCAAGGCCACAACCCACCUGAUGGUGGGCAUGGGCGGCGCGGGCUUAACGGGGA